AUGGAUUCUUACCAAAACGGAAGCCAAAGUAGGGAUCAAGACUUCCAAAAAUUGUCCCAAACCAUUGCCUCUAGCAUACAAAAGAUUUCUCAAAAUGUAUCUUCAAUGCAAAGAAUGGUCAACCAGAUUGGUAGUCAUCAAGACUCGCCUGAACUUCGCAAGCAGUUGCACUCCCUUCAACAUUACACGCAACAGCUUGUGAAAGAUACAAAUGGCUAUAUUAAAGAGCUUGGCAAUCUACCGCCAUCCCUGUCUCAAUCCGAGCAAAGACAAAGAAAAAUGCAAAAAGAACGAUUGCACGACGAAUUUACAAGCACUUUAAACAUGUUCCAACAGGUCCAAAGAAGUACAGCCCAAAAAGAAAAAGACCAAAUUAAAAAAACCAAACAGCAAUUUUAUGGAGAUCAGCAACCUUAUCUUCCUGGCUAUAAAAAAGAUCAGCAACUGAUUGAGCUGCAAGACAGUGCAGCACGUCAACAAAAUGAACAAAUUCAAUUGCAAGAUGAAGCUGAAUUGAGACAGUUACAGGAGCAAGAACAAGCUGUUAGACAGCUAGAAAUUGAUAUUAGUGAUGUCAACCUAAUAUUCAAAGAACUAGGACAAAUGGUGCACGAGCAAGGAGAAGUGAUUGAUAGUAUAGAGGCCUCAGUGGAAAGUACGUCUGACUAUGUGCGUCAAGGUGCUCAGCAAUUGAGGGAAGCCAGCACCUAUAAAGAUAAGAUCAGGAAAAGGAAAGUGCUUUUUGCUGGUAUAGGGGCAUUUAUUUUGGCUCUGAUUAUUUUAUACAUUAUCUGGCAAACUUCGUGA